AAUCUAGAUUUACACCAAAAGUCGCGACAGGGUUCCACUGUAAAUAGAUAUAAUUCCCAAUUUUAAGAGUAAUGUCGAAAUCUCUACCCUAUUCAAUGAAAGAUGUACAGUACGACAAUGCCAAGUUUCGCCAGCGAUCACUCACCAAGGUGAUCACACAAAAUCUUCUAACGAGUAAUGUAAAACGCGAAUGUAUAAAAUGCAGUACAGGGAGGUUUCUUGUGCUAUUAAUGAUUUUCGGUGUAGCCUAUCUCAUGCUGACGCAUACAAGCCACGUUCCUUUAUCGGAUGGUUUAUCCAAAAAUAUCGGCACCGAAGAAGGAAAAAACUUCUUCACGGACAAAAACGGUAGAUUUAAAAGAUUCUGGAGAAAGCCACCAAGGCUUCCUCCUCGUUUAUCCCCCGACGAAAUAGUUUCUAGGAAUGCAUCGAUUAGUAAAAACGGCAAGUCGGAUCCUGGGCCCGAUUGGGAAGCUCGGCAGAAAAGGGUAAAAGAGUCAUUUAUCCAUGCAUGGUCAGGCUAUCGAAAUUAUUCGAUGGGAUACGAUGAACUUAUGCCACUUAGCCGUAGAGGAAUUGAUACCUUAGGAGGUCUAGGAGCCACCAUUAUAGAUGCUCUCGAUACAGCCAUGAUAAUGGGAGUUGACGAGGUUGUCCACGAAGCAGGAUCUUGGAUUGAAAAGCAUCUAUCUGAGAGGAUUAAUGGGAAAGGACAAGUGAAUUUAUUCGAAACUACUAUACGAAUCCUAGGUGGUCUUUUGAGUGCUUAUCAUUUAAGUGGGGGUAAUAAUUCUUCGACAACGAAAGGACCUAAUCCGGCUGUGUAUCUGGAAAACGCAAAGAAUUUGGCUGAUCGUUUGAUCGUCGCUUUUACAUCAAGUCCCACUGCUAUUCCAUUCAGUGAUGUUGUUCUGCGUGACCGUUCUGCACAUUCUGCUCCUGAUGGAUUAAGUAGCACAGCCGAAGCUUCUACUCUCCAGCUUGAGUUCAAUUAUCUAAGUUAUUUGACUGGCGAUCCGAAAUACUCUCUGGAGUCUAUGAAGGUUUUAGAACACAUGAAGAAUAUGCCGAAAGUCAAGGGACUUGUUCCUAUAUACAUUAACCCUCGUAGUGGUGAGUUUAGUGGAGAGAACAUUAGACUGGGAUCACGUGGUGAUAGCUACUAUGAGUACCUAAUAAAAGUCUGGCUUCAGGACCAAGGAAAGAAUUUAACUUAUUUGCAUGAUAUGUACAAAGAAUCGAUGAAAGGUGUCAAAGAACUUCUCGUUCGGAAAUCUGUGCCCAAUGGAUUGGUUUUUGUGGGAGAAUUGCCUUUUGGCCAUGAAGGUGCAUUCAGCCCAAAAAUGGAUCAUCUCGUAUGUUUUCUCCCGGGCACUCUUGCUCUAGGUGCCACAAAGGGCAUUGUAAAAGAAAAGGCUAUGAGAGAAAACCUGCUCAACUUUGAAGAUUUAGAAAAUUUGAAACUUGCUGAAGAUCUAGCUAAAACGUGUUUCGAGAUGUAUUCAGUAACUUCCACUGGUCUUUCUCCAGAAAUAGCUUACUUCAAUGUUGAGGGACACAAGGAGAGUGGUCCCGGUGGCGGAAAUAAAAACUCGAAAUACGUCGAUGACAUCAUUAUAAAACCUGCUGACACGCAUAAUCUCUUGCGACCCGAAACUGUUGAAUCGUUCUUUGUCUUGUUCCGGAUCACAGAAGAUCCCAAAUACCGUGAGUGGGGUUGGGAGAUAUUUGAGGCAUUCGAGAAGUACACAAAGGUUGACACCGGAGGUUACACUUCACUGGAUGAUGUCACUGUGCUUCCCCCAAACAGAAGAGACAAAAUGGAGACCUUCUUCUUGGGUGAAACCCUAAAAUACCUUUAUUUACUGUUCGGGGACAGAAAUGUCAUUCCACUCGAUAAGUAUGUAUUCAACACAGAAGCUCAUCCCUUUCCUAUUCGAGACAAUGCUGUAAGGAUAUAAUGAUGCUUCCACACGGCAAACGAAUUUGAUUCUUUUUAAACAAGGCAAGAUUUCCAAAUUCGACUUUGAAAGAAAUCGUUGUGAAUGAGUUGCGAAAAGUCCAAAGGUGGCCGAAUUUCGAAUUUCUGCUCCCUUGAGCUAUUCUUCGAUAGAUUUUGUAUUUGUAUUCUUUUAUGUACCAUAAAUUCGAAAAAAUGGAGAACAACUUUACAUACUGAGAGUUAAAAAGACAAUAGAUUGUCAAAAAUCCCGUCGGAGUUCUAUUUUUACAGUUAUAUACAGCUUUACCCCUUCAGCGGGUUUGUAAGACAAACCAUGUAAUUGGUAAUACCAAUUUUUCGUGUUAUUACAUUGAAUGUAUGAGUGUACUAUUGAUUUUGAAUU